UAUAUUACUUUACUAAAACUGAAUGACAAAGAAUUAACUAUGCAAAGACCUGGGGCGGCAAGUGAAAAGGCACUGAAGAAAUAAUGAGCUUAAUUAGUUUGGGAAACAAAAAAAAAAGGGCAACGUAGCUGAAGCACAGUGAUAUGGGGAGGUGGCAUGGGAUAAAGUUGGAGGCUAGACAGAAACAGAACGUGCAGUAAAACAGAAUAAGGAGUAUGGAUGUAGAGGGAAGCCACUGGAGGUGACAUGAUCUGACUGAUAUUUAUCCAAGAUCACUUGGCCUGCUGGGUGGGGAAUGGUUUGUAAGGGAGCGAGAGAGGAGAUGGGAGACAUUGGGAGGCUCUUGCAUUCAUCCAGGCAAGAGACAGUGGUGGUUUGGACCAGGAUAAUGACAGCAAAGAUGGGGAGAAGUGGUCAGAUUCAGGGUACAUUUUGGAGAGAAAGGCAGCUGAUAGAUUUCGGAAGAAAGGAACUCUAACUCUCUUAAGCACAAAAGGAAUUUGAAAGGAAUUCAUUGGCUCAUAUAACUGGGAAGCGUAGAGUGGAGCUGUCCUUACAGAUAGCUGGAACCAGGAGUCUGAAGAUCCUUUGCUCUUUCUCUCUAGGUCUCUUCCUGCUUCUCUCUGGGUAUCAGGCUCAUUCCCACAGGCUGGCCAUCUCCUGGUAGCUGGACCAGACUGCAGGAAAUCCAGGCUCACACCCUUACAGCUAGAGGAGGAAGGAGUCCCUCUUCUCAACUCCGGUUUGGCAGUUCCUGGGACAGGACCCUAAUUGUGCUGGCCUGGGUCACAUACCCACGUUUUGGAUCAGUUUUUAUGGCCAAGGGGGAAGUACUAUGGAUGCUAGCUCAAAUCUCAUACCCAUCGAGUAGCCAAGAGAGAAAGGCUGUGAGCUGGAUAGCCAUGCCAGUGUGGGUCCCUAAAGUGACCCCUUGACUACAAUCCUCCCAGUCUGCACUGGGGGAGUGUCACUGGGCUCUUAAGGGGGAUUGUGUCCCCUUCAAGAGGUGCCUGCCCCAUCCAAGGUUUUCCACUCUUCUACCUGUUUCUCUUUUCUUCCUCCUCUUACUUUAGUUCUCUCUGCUAUAGCUCAUCCAAUAAGUAUCACUCCGUGUCUGCUCUGUGCCAGGAUUCUGCUACUGAUGAACAAUCACAGCCAUUGUCCCUGACUUCAUGGAGACUGCAGUCUCAUGGGAGUCACACAGGUGGUCACACCAGGGAUCACGUAAUUGAUUGCUGUGUGAUAAGGGCCAUGAAGGAAACACAGAGAUGAGAGAACAUUACCAACCCCUCCCUUCCUCAUAGCUUCAAAUAUCACUUCUGGACAAAUCAAUCCUACCUUGGACUCUCCUUUCUUGACCUCUCAAGUUCCUUGUCUCCCUCCCUGGGCAAUUAGUAGUGGAAUGGAGUAGAAAGAGCUUUGGACUUUCCCCUGCUAUUCUAAAUCUACCACCUCAUAAUCCUUCUAAUCUCAGUUUAAAUAUCAUCCUGUCAGGGAAACCUUCCAUAUCAGUUAAGACUUGUGAUUGGUUCUGGGUAACAAAGACCCAAUUUCAAUGGUUAAAAUACAUAGGGUUUAUUUUUUCAUAUAAGAAUUUCAGAGGUAGGGACUUCCCUGCUGGCCCAGUGGGUAAGACUCCACACUCCCAGUGCAGGGGGCCCAGGUACGAUCCCUUGUCAGGGAACUAGAUCCCACAUGCAUGGCGAAACUAAGAGUUCACAUGCCACAACUAAGAAGCCUGCAUGCUGCAACUAAAAAAAAGAAAAGAUCCCACAGGCCUCAAUGAAGAUCCCGCAUGCCACAACUAAGACCUGGUGCAGGCUAAAUAAAUAAAUAUAUAUUUUUUUUUUUUUAAAGAAGUUCAGAAGUAGACAGUUACUGAUGUCAAAAGCUCAAAGAAAUCAGGGCUGAUUUCUGAGAAUUCCCUCAUGGUCCCAAGAAGGCUAAUGCAGCCCCUGCCAUGAUGUCCAAGUUCCAAGCAGACAAAAAGGAAAAAGGGAAGAAGGACAAAAAGAUGUGGCUAUUAAGUAUAAUGGACAAAUAACCUGCCAGAGAGUAAAUUCAGACAACACGGAGAACUACAGAGAAGGACGGCAUUCCCAUAGAACAGUAGCGGGGCAGCCAGUGGGCUAACCAGGAAACUUUAUUGUCAGGGGAUUGCCACAGGUCAUGCCCAGCAGGAUUUGAUAACCGUCAUGGACCAUUGAUGGCUACGCAGACUGUAACAGAGCCUGCUAAUUGUCCCCUAGAAUACAUUCUUCCCUUCCUCCUUUUUAUAAAAGAACCCUCUGAAUUUGAGCGUCAUAUGGCCACCCAGCUAGAGACUGUAUUUCCCAGAUCGCUUGCGGUUUUGGGUGGUCCUUUGACUAAGUUUUGGACAAGAGAUGAGAGUAGUAUACUACUUCUGAAUUACUCUCUCUCACCUUUUUUUUUUUUUUUGCAAUUAUGUAUACUUUUAAAUUGAAGUGUAACCUACAUGCAGAAAAGUAAACAAAUAUUAAGAUCUGGCUUCGUGGAUUUUUACAUGUGAACACACCCAUGUGUGGGAACAUACACCCUCUAGAUCAAGAAAUAGAACAUUGCGAGAACACAGAAGUCUUCUUGUGUCCACUUCUGGUUACUACCCCCCACAAAGACAACCACUAUCCGGACUUUUAAUACCAUAGGUUAGUUUGCCUGUUUUUAUAUUUUGUGUAAAUGGAAUCAAUCGAUAUGUAAUCUUUUGUGUCUGCCUUCUUUGCUCAACAUUAUAUUGUGGUAUUCACCCAUGUUGUGUGUAGUUGUGGCUCAUUCAUUCUUGUUUUCAGAAUAUCCCAUUGUGUGAUUAUGCCACACUAUUUUUAUCUAUGGAUCCUAUUUUUCUAAGAGAAAUUUCAACCCAUCCCUUCUUUCCUCUGUCUGGAACAUGAGUAUAAUGGUAGAAAGAACAUCUAAAGGCAAGAGUCAUUAAAUUACAACGUAUGGGCCAAAUCUAACCUGCAGCCUGUUUUUGUAAAUACAGUUUUAUUGGAACACGGCGGUGCUCAUUUGCUUAUGUAAUGUUUAUGGCUGCUUUUGCAUUACAUUAGAAGAAAUGGGCAGUUGUAGCAAUGAUUGUAUUGUCUGCAAAGCCUAAAAUACUUACUAUGUGGCCCUUUACAGGAAAAUUCUGCGGACCCAGACAACAAGUUAGAAGGGCCUGGUUCCCUGGAUGACCUCAUGGAGCACAGAAGCCUACCUGCCCUGGAGCUGUCCACCUCUGGAGUGUUAUGUGUGAGAGAGGUAAACUUCGGGAAAACAAAGGGGAAGAGUUAAUUGAAAACUUGGAGGUGGUCACAGUUCCCUCCCCAUCACCAAAAAGACUGCCGGUGAAGCAAUAUGCUAUCCAAUCUCAGCUUCCAGUGUAUGAGUGGCCAGAUGUGGGAUCUGGAGAAUAUGAUGUUGGAGUGGUAGCUUCAUUUGGCCGGCUUUUGAGUGAGGCUCUUAUUCUUAAAUUUCCCUAUGGCAUCUUGAAUGUCCAUCCCAGUUGCCUCCCGAGGUGGCGUGGUCCAGCCCCUAUAAUCCAUACGGUCUUGCACGGAGACACGGUUGCUGGAGUAACGAUUAUGCAAAUUAGACCUAAAAGGUUUGAUGUAGGCCCAAUUCUCAAACAGGAAACGGUUCCUGUACCACCCAAGAGCACCACAAAGGAUUUGGAAGCAGUGCUGUCAAGACUGGGUGCCAACAUGCUUAUUUCAGUUUUGAAAACUUUGCCUGAAAGUUUGAACAAUGGAAGGCAGCAGCCAGCCGAGGGGGUGACACAUGCCCCUAAGAUUUCUGCUGCUACCAGCUGUAUAAAAUGGGAGGAACAAACUUCAGAGCAAAUAUUCAGACUUCAUCGUGCCAUUGGAAAUAUAAUUCCGUUGCAGACACUCUGGAUGAAAAGUACCAUUAAACUCCUGGAUGUGGUAGAAGUUAAUAGUUCAGUCCUCACUGAUCCAAAAUUAACAGGACAGGCUGUUAUUCCAGGAUCAGUAAUAUACCACAGACAGUCACAAAUACUGCUGGUUUGUUGCAAGGGUGGCUGGAUUGGUGUUCGAUCAGUGAUGCUCAAGAAAACACUAACAGCUACUGAUUUCUACAAUGGAUAUUUACAUCCCUGGUACCAAAAAAAUUCCCUGGCUCAACCAAGCCAGUGCAGAUUUCAGACUCUCAGACUUCCACUGAAGAAGAAGCAGGAAAAAAAAAUUGUUGCUAUGCAAUAGUGCACCAAGUAGGAAGAAGAUGGACAAGUACCUACUACAUAUUUGUAAUUUGUUAAAAGCCUUAUUUACAAGGAAUUACCUUGACUUUCAGAGAAGAUGACACUGUUGGAAGGAAAGGUUAUUGUCAAAAAGAUGAAUUACCUCACUUUCCACUUUUCAUUUAACAGUAGUUGAAAACAGCUUUUUCUAUUUCAAUAACAAAAGAAACUUUAAAUUAAAUUUUUAUUUAUAAUAUCAGAUUCAUGGAGAUUGAUUGUAUCUUUCCCUAAGAGCAAGUACAACUAACUGUUAUGUGUAUAUACUGAAGAGAGGUUCUUUUAAAAAGUGCAUCUAUUAAAUUUUAAAAAUCA